GCUGUGUUGUAGACUUGACCAACCAACCAUUCCCGAUUUAGACUUGAUCAACUAACUGCGCUUUCUUAGAUCUCUAUGCUUACUGUUUUUACGCUCCUAAAUUAGUGUCUUUACAGCUGAUAAACAAAAAAUAACAAAAAUGGUAGUUUCUGAACUCAUGGAGUUGUAAUUUACGUCAAACACUUUGAGAUUUUACAUUCAUGCCUGAAGCAUAUAAUCAAAACAUAUGAAUCUUAUCUUCCUCAUCUGUUUCUCUUGUUCGUAUUCAUUCCAAAAACAGUCAAAUUAAUAUCGAUAUAUCCAACCGUAUCUGCUGGGAAAGCCCAUUAUCAAAGAUUCAAACUUUGUAUUUUGAUCUCGUGGGAUUUGUUUUGUUGAUGUAAAAUCGGAGUCUUUGGAGAAAAAAGGGCUCUUUCUUUCUUGAUUGGAAGUGAGAAUCUUUAAACAUAUAUACACACACUGAUAUAAAAGAAGAUGAGAGAAAAGCUGAGCGUUUUUGCGUGGGUGUGUGUGUUAAUGUUUGGAUCAAUUUGUUGGGGAAGGUUCGUUGUGGAGAAGAACAAUUUGAAGGUGACAUCUCCAGAGUCGGUGAAAGGCGUUUAUGAAUGUGCAAUAGGAAAUUUUGGUGUACCUCAAUAUGGAGGAACAAUGGUUGGCUCUAUAUUCUACCCCAAAUCCAAUAAAAAGGGCUGCAAACCUUUCAAAGAUGCCGACGUGUCAUGGAAGAAUAAGCCCGGUGGCAUCCCCGUUUUCCUUCUUGCAGAUCGAGGAGAAUGCUAUUUCACGUUGAAGGCGUGGAACGCUCAGAAUGCAGGCGUGGCGGCCAUUCUGGUUGCAGACGACAGAGUUGAGCCUCUGAUCACGAUGGACACACCGGAGGAUGGAGACACACAGCCGGAUUACCUGCAAAACAUAAGCAUUCCUUCAGCAUUGAUAAGCAAAGGGCUAGGUGACAGGAUCAAGAAAGUGUUGGCUAAAGGGGAAUUGGUGAGCAUCAAUCUUGAUUGGAGAGAGGCUCUCCCACACCCCGAUGAGCGAGUGGAGUACGAGUUCUGGACUAAUAGCAACGACGAAUGUGGCCCAAAAUGUGAGAGCCAGCUGAAUUUUCUGAGGAAUUUCAAAGGGGCUGCUCAGAUUCUUGAGCAGAAGGGCUACACUGAGUUCACUCCUCACUACAUCACAUGGUACUGCCCGGAGGCGUUCAUCAUGAGCCAACAGUGCAAAUCACAGUGCAUAAACUAUGGGAGAUACUGCGCUCCUGAUCCCGAGCAGGAUUUCAGCAGAGGUUAUGAUGGCAAGGACGUCGUCAUCCAGAACCUAAGGCAAGCUUGUUUCUUCAAAGUUGCAAAGGAAAGUGGGAAGCCAUGGCAAUGGUGGGACUAUGUGACAGACUUUUCAAUUAGGUGUCCAAUGAAAGAGAAAAAGUAUAACAAAGAGUGUUCUGAUAGAGUGAUCAAGUCACUUGGAUACGAUGUUAAGAAGAUCGAUCAGUGCAUUGGAGACGUGGAGGCAGACCUAGACAACCUUGUACUAAAAGCAGAACAAGAAGCACAGAUUGGAAAAGGCCCACGAGGAGAUGUUACUAUAUUGCCAACUCUAGUUAUAAACAAUAGGCAAUAUAGAGGCAAGCUGGACAAAGCAGCAGUUCUCAAGGCUAUUUGUUCGGGUUUCGAAGAGACUACUGAGCCUGCCAUUUGCUUGAGUAGAGAUAUGGAGACAAAUGAGUGCCUACAGAACAAUGGAGGAUGCUGGCAGGAUAAUUCUGCUAACAUUACUGCUUGCAGGGACACUUUCCGGGGGAGGGUGUGCCACUGCCCCGUCGUGGAGGGAGUGAAGUUCGUAGGGGAUGGUUAUACUCACUGUGAAGCUUCUGGGCCGUUAAGAUGUGGAAUAAGCAAUGGAGGGUGUUGGAAGGAAAGCAGGCACGGCCGAACAUAUUCAGCUUGCACUGAUGAUCACAUAUCAGGUUGCAGUUGCCCACAGGGAUUCAGAGGCGAUGGAGUUAGAGAUUGUGAAGAUGUGGAUGAAUGCAAGGAAGAGCUAGCAUGCCAAUGCCCAAAUUGCAAGUGCAAAAACACAUGGGGGAGUUAUGAAUGCAGCUGCAGAAACCAUUUACUUUACAUUCAUGAACAUGAUACUUGUAUUAGUAAAGAGGGUGGUAGUGGUGAAGUUGGCUGGGGCAUAAUGUGGGUGAUCAUCCUAGGCUUGGGUUUGGCAGGAGUUGUUGCUUAUGCUCUUUACAAAUAUAGGCUCCGGGGUUACAUGGACUCGGAGAUAAGGGCUAUAAUGGCUCAGUACAUGCCUUUGGACAAUCAAGGGGAAGUGCCCAAUCACCUGCCGAGUGGGACUGUCUAAGUAGCAGCCACCAUCAAAGCCAAAAUCCAGAUCAUAUCUCAACUCUGGAUUUUUUUUUGUUGGUUUCGAGUAUAGGGUGAGGGAGCAGUAAGGACUGAAAUCAAGAUCUCUCCUUUUUAUUCGGUACAAGUCAAUUAUAUGAGCCUUACAAACAUGAUGAAGCAGCAGCUGCUUUUAUUGAUUUUUAUAUCAAAUAUUUCAUGUCUAGGUUGAUGAAAAUAUGUCUGUAUCAAAACGUACGGGUUGGUUGGUGUGCCAAAAAGUUUGAAAAAUAAAACAAAAUUAAGUGA